AUGAAAGAACAAGAAUUUAUAAAGCCAGAUCUAAUAAUUUCAGAUCGUACUAAACCAAAAUCUGAAUGGACCAUCCCAUUACCCAAUAAUAAAGGAAUCCAACUACAAGAACAAAGUAAUAUUCCAUCAGUUUCAGCUAAAACACUUGCAUCAAGAUCAAAAUUGAAAAAAGUUCAUUCUAAGGAUCAUUUAGAAAAGAAUGAAUUGUUGUAA